AUGUCAUCUUCUUCCUCAUCAGAUUAUUCUUCUGGGGAACAAGAAAACGGCGAAUUCACUGUUGAAGAAAUCCUUGAUGAUAUUAAAAAGGACGAUGGAGAAAUACUCUAUCUAAUUAAAUGGAAAAACUAUGGCGAUGAAUCAAAUACAUGGGAACCAACAGAAUCCUUAGAUAAUUGUCCAGAAAAACUCAAAAAAUAUCUGGAAGAAAAGAAAGAAAAGGAAAAACUAACUAAAUCAAAACUAAAAUCAAAGAAAAUACCUCAUAUUCAGCUUGGAAAAUUAGCAAAUUUGUAUGAUUCUAUCAAAAAAGAGCAAAUUGGACAUCCUGUUAAAGAAGAACCGCCGGUUGUAUCUGAACAUGACCAUAAAAUGAGUUUAUUAGAAGCAGAAUUACAAAAUUUAAUUGCAGUAAGACCAAAUAUUGUCUAUGCAUGUAAAGAAGUAGAUAACGAGAAGGUAUAUUAUGUCAGUGCUCAAACAAUAAAUGGUGAGACUAACUUUCCUGUAUCAUCUACUGCAUUAAAGUUGUAUAAACCUGAAUUAAUAAUCAAUUACCUUGAAAACAAGAUAAGAUAUGAAUAA